CUUAAAUCUUGGAAUGUGUAUUUGCGCUUUUUGACCCCCAGUCACACGAUUGCGGUGUCAGCAGUUGUGAGCUCGAUAUAAACCACCGCCUCCUCCACUUUCACCCUCUUCUGUGUCAGAGAAACCCUCCAGUAGAGCCCGCCAACCGCAACGACAGCAAACCAAAAUGACCUCCGCUCCUCAGCCCAUAUUCACCAAGGGAGAGGACUGCAAGCCCUCCUGGCACGACGCUAACGCCGGGUACAAUGAGGCCGACACACACCUAGAGAUCAUGGGCAAGCCGGUCAUGGAACGCUGGGAAACCCCGUACAUGCACUCGCUGGCGACCGUUGCAGCUUCUAAAGGCGGUCGGGUUCUGGAGAUCGGGUUUGGCAUGGCCAUCGCUGCCACGAAGGUGGAGUCCUUCCCCAUCGAGGAGCACUGGAUAAUCGAGUGCAACGAUGGAGUAUUUGCCCGUCUGGAGAACUGGGCCAAGUCUCAGCCUCACAAGGUCGUCCCUCUGAAGGGUCUCUGGGAAAACGUUGUUCCAACCCUGCCAGACAAUCACUUUGAUGGUAUUCUCUAUGACACAUAUCCUCUCUCAGAGGAAACGUGGCACACUCACCAGUUUGAUUUCAUUAAGGGUCACGCUCACAGGAUGCUCAAACCUGGAGGCGUCCUCACCUACUGCAACCUGACCUCCUGGGGUGAACUGCUCAAGGGAAAAUACGACAACAUUGAGAAAAUGUUCCAGGAAACCCAGGUGCCCCAUUUGCUCGAGGCCGGCUUCAAGAAGGACAAGAUUAGCACCACCACCAUGGACAUUGAACCACCCACUGAAUGCAAAUACUACUCCUUCAAGAAGAUGAUCACUCCCACUAUUGUGAAAGAAUAAAGGACGAAGACGCCGCCGCUGCUGCAGCCUUUUUAUAUUCAGAUGUGCCUUUUGUCUCCUGCCAAUCACGUAUUUCACUGUACAACGUUUUAAUAAAACAAACUCCAUCAUAACUGCA